AUGCUCAGCGCAAACUCAACUGACUACGAUUCGCGCAACCUUAUAUUAUCCUACAACAUCGCAACUUUUAUAGUUUUCAUAAGUAUUAUUAUAGGCAUAUUAUCAUGUAUCAGCAAUGGCGUUGCCUAUAGCACCCCUUUCUCAGCUCUAGUCGCCACGACGCGCAACCCGAACUCGAUGCUCUGUCCAAGGGACAUUGUAUGGGCUCACUACCUCUUGACAAAGAAAUGGCAAAGACGAGAUUGA